AUGGCAAGCAUACUCCUUCCAUGCCACCUCUGGUUUGGCACAAGUGCUACACGAGGAAACCUACUAAAGAAGCACAAGUUGCAUAAUCAUUGUUGUGCAAAGGCAUCAUCUAGCUCAUGGAAUUUCGGGCGUAAGAAUAAUACUUUCUCCUUCAAUUACAGAAGCAGUAGUGCUGGUGUUCCCCUUCAUGAGUUGCCUGGGGCUCCAUUUGAUCAAUAUAUGGAAGACGUUGGAAGAGUAAUCCAAGCUAUAUUUCCAGAAAAAUCAACAAACCAGCAGCUCAACAAGGAAGAGUGGAGAGUUAAGAUGACUCCGAUAAAAGCCUUGUUCUUAACAUGUCAACCAAUUAUAUACAUUACAGCUAGAUGCUUAUCUGAAGGGGAGGAUUACCCACCUGAGAUUCCUGGGCAUAUCAUCAAACUUAUAGAGGUUCAGACUACAAGGUGGGAGCUUCAAGGUUUGCAUUCUGAUUACAUACCGUUAGAUUUCAACAUCAAUGCUAGCGGAGCUUUAUACCUGGAAAGGCAGGGAAGGCAUAGCUGGAUGAAGAAUCAGAUAGAUAUUAGUUUAAGCCUUGCUUUUCCUCCAUUACUCGCAUGGGUUCCUGAACAUGUCAUGCAAAAGUUUGUGCACUCGGUUCUCAGAAAUUAUGUGGAGGAUAUCAAUAAUGGAUUUGCUGUCAGAUUAUUGGCAGAUUAUAACUCGUUCAAGAGGGACAAGCCCAAAAAUUCGGUGUAA